AUGGCCGAAGGGAUUGACACCUUGCAAUCCCUGUACUCGCGUUCGGGGAGGUCGUUUUCAGACGGCCCUUCUUCGAACGCAACGGGUGGGUCUCGUCGUACUGCUCGACGAGACCAAGGACAUCAUCAAUCAGCUGGGCACGAGGCUCCCAGCUGUCCCACGCCGGUGGAUGGCCACGCCAGCGGACGAGAUAUCUCGUCUGGACGCCAUGUACAUCGCGAUGGUUCAAAAUACGCUCCACUAGGAAGUGUUGACCACCGCCUGAUUCCACCAAAGGAUAUAGUGGCGGUGGGAACACCUGAUCCGGCUCGAGGGUCGGAUCAGCUUGAUUCUCAAGAGAUAAACCGUGUAACGAAACAGUUGCAAGAUGACCUGGCUCACGAACGGACUCGGCGAUAUGAGCUUGAGGAUAUUGUAAGAGAUAAUUACAAUUACCUAACGCACGAUCGUUCGGACGAUCGAGCCGCUGUUGCGUUCGCACAACUUGAGAACGAACGUUCGACUCGUUCUACUCGUGACGAGCUGGCUGUAGCUCGACGAGACAUUGCUGAACUGCGUGAACAGGUCGCUUCGCUAGUAGACCAUAACGGCUCGUUGAAACGGGACCACUCGAGGGUGGUCUCGGCUCUCGACCGCGGAGGUGUUCUUCGCAUCUCGAAACGGGCUCGCACUGAUACAACGGGCGGAGACGACCGACAUAAAACGUAG